UAUUGCGUUUCCAUAACAAAAGCGACCAGCAUAAUGCGCUAUGGUGCAAGAGCUCUUAACCUAAACUAGGACAGUAUUUGAGAACCUCCGAAUAAAUUCAGGGACUAUAACGAAGAACCAUUUGAAAACUUUUAUUUUCAUUAUGUUUCAGGGUAGGUAAUGACAAAACAUUGGGGGCACCUUUGAUUAUGACAAGCCUGGAUCAGGUAAGAUACAUGGUUGAAUGACAGUUAAACCUUCUUGAUAUUUUGUAUAAAACCAUGUGGAUGAAUGCAGAUUGUUUCUUGCUAAAAACAUACAUAAUCAACAUUAAUAUACCAUUCAUGUAAUUUCAUACUAACAUCGUAUAGACCACACACUUUUUGAGAAGCCUACUAUGAUUCGAUCAUUUAAGAUAGUUUAGCUAAUAUGAAACGUGAGGAGCAUAUAGCCAACACCUUAAAUUUAAGUCCUUUUUAGGCUACUUCUGUUGAUAAUACUUUAUUGUAAUGACACACAGGGAUCAUAGUAGAUUACAAGUGUAUAAAAAAAUGUAGGCUACAUUGUGCAACAGAUUAUGAAUUGUGUAGUUAAAACGUUUUCUACCAGACGCGCGUCUCUAACAAGUUAUCUAAAAUGAGGACCAUGGACAGCGACGCGCUAUAGACUAUUCUAAGCGAUCGCGCGAGGAUGAUGGUAAUACCUAUUCAUUCGAUCAUGCACAUGAGGUAGCCUACACUAAGACGCAUCUUACUUGUCAUCGAGCCUUGUAAGAAAAAAAUAGCAAAGUAGAUGUUUUUGCUGUAGGCAUAGUCUUUUAUGCUAUGCAUAGGAUGUUAACGUUCAUGGUGAGGCUGUUUUCUUCUACAACCAUAUGAUUAUCUCCAUAUGUCAUGUUCUAUAUUUUCGGUAUUUUAUUAUCUAAAGCUAGAACUAAUUCAUUUAUAGUCUUGGUUCUGGGAUUAAUUGGUCAAUUACAGAGCAACAACAAAAAAAGUUAAAAUACUAGGCUAAUGUUGUCCAUCUCCAUCUAGCAAGCAAUACGUUCAAGAUAAAUGGCUUGAUUUAAAUACAGAACGUUUAGCCUACAUAUAGCCUAUAACGCACAUUCUUCCAUCUAACUUAUGUUUUACACAGGGAGAUGGAAGUUUACAGAAGACGUGACAAGAUUAGGCCCCUAGAAAAAGAAAAGGAAAGCCGCACACUCUAGGAGCUCAGAUGCAAUAAUUGUAUAACCAACGUUCCCGACAGCCAAGCCGUCUUCAUCAGGCUAUAUAUAAAGGUUAGGAUCCGAUUCAUGAAAUUAUAUUUUUUUCAUUGCUACAAUCAGUUUCAUGUUUGGACAAUAACGCUACCUAAAUAGGUUUAAAGUUUCGUCCACAACUGCCAUACCUGUCCAUGUCUUCAAAAGUGAUUUUUGCUGAACACAGACUGCCUCCUGGUGGUAGUCUUGAGAGGCUUGGAAAUUAUCCAUUGUGAUGACUCCGUGUGUGAUAAUACUAGAUGAAUCAUUAAGCAGACCUAUAGAUUGAACAAAAUAUAAUGCAAUAAAUCAAUACUUUGUUUGAAGGGUUGCAGGUUGUGACUGCCUUUCACCACUGAGGGAGGGCGCUAUCUGUGGUUGUCUUGGCGAUGAUGGCAGACAUACUGGAGCUGCGGACAGACGGGAACUCUCUCCUGAAGGCGGUAUGGCUCCGACGCCUGCGGCUCACCAGGCUCCUGCUUGAGGGGGGUGCCUAUAUUAAUGAGAGCAACGAGCGAGGAGAGACACCGCUCAUGGUGGCCUGCAUGUCCAAACACAGCGACCCGCAGAGUGUCAGCAAGGCAAAGCUGGUCAAGUACCUGCUGGAUAAUAAGGCUGACCCCAACAUCCAGGACAAAGCAGGACGGACAGCCCUGAUGCACGCCUGCAGCCAGAGGGCGGGGCAUGAGGUGGUGUCCCACCUGUUGACCAACGGGGCUGACCCAAGUCUCGAAGACAGGAGCGGGGCUUCUGCUUUGGUCUAUGCAGUCAAUGCAGAUGAUAAGGAGACCCUAAAGGUUAUCCUAGAUGCAUGUAAAGCCAAGGGCAAAGAAGUAAUCAUUAUCACCACAGACAAGUCACCCUCUGGCACCAAAACCACCAAGCAGUACCUUAAUGUCCCCCCUUCCCCAGAGCUAGAGGAUAGGUGCUCCCCUGCAUUCUGCACCACUCCCUCUGACAUUGAGCUGAACACUUCCCCCUCACCUAACUCAGCAGAGCAGCACAACACUAUCUUCAGUUUCCAGACAAAGUUGAAAACAUCAUCCAGCACAGCAGCAAAGCUUCCCAAUGGGCCAACCUCUCCCACACGGCGACCAGCCAACCCCAAGCGUGCUCGUUUACCCCAGCUGAAGCGUCUGCAGUCAGAGCCGUGGGGGCUGAUCGCUCCCUCCGUCCUGGCUGCAGCUGCGGCUCACGAGGAGAGUAAGAGAGCCACCUCUGAUGAGGUUGUCACAGGCGUCAAUGGACUUGCUCUGUCCAAGAGAUCGACCAUGUCUCGACAAAACAGUGUGGAUGGCAAGGAUGUGUUGUUCCCACAAAUGUCAUCCUCAUUGUCUGUCCCUCUAACUUCCAAAUCGGCCUAUGAGAGGUCUCUGUGUCAGCACCAGCCCCUGGCCCGGCGUAGCACCGUCCCUGCAGACCAGGACAGUAGCAGCAACAGUGUGCCAGCCAGCUUGAGAGACCCGGUCUACAGGAGACGGCUGGGCACUGACCACUAUGACUCAGACUCCCAGCUGUACUCAGACUCUGGCAUGCUCGACUCUCCUAAGGUUCCUCUAGAGAGAAGGAAACUCAACACAUCUCCGUUAGCCAUGCUGACCAGCUCCAGGGAGUCCCUAGACAGCAAUGCCAGCACGUCAUCUCCUAGCACAGCACGUCGCCGCGCACCAGGCCUCUUGGAGAGGCGAGGCUCGGGGACUCUGCUGCUGGACUACAUUUCCCAUACCCGGCCUGGCCAUCUACCCCCACUGAACGUCAACCCCAACCCUCCUAUCCCAGACAUUGGAGCCAGCAGCAAGCCCUCGUCCCCUCUUGCCUCAGGUUUCAUAUCAAUAGCUCCAGUAGCACCAAACUCACCAAAGAGAGGCCAGCUCAAGUCAAAAAAAAAACUUGUAAGGAGGCACUCUAUGCAAGUGGAGCAAAUGAAGCAGCUCUCUGCUUUUGAGGAGCUGUAGUGGACUCAUUGUUUGUAGAUGUAGCAAUGUUCACAACAUAAAAUAAGGCUAACAUUUCUAAAGGAAAUUUUGUUAAAUGGAAUUUCAACUUUUCCUCUUAGAAAACCAGUGGAACAUGGAUAUAACUCGCUUACCAGUAUAAAGUUGUAAAUGUUAUGGAUGCUCUUAGAAUAUUAGCACCACCUAUUAAACGUUACAGGUUAGACACUAGCAACAUCUAAAGCAUGGCUCCUCUAACCGUGUUCCUGAAGAGCUACCCUCCUGUAGGGUUUCGCUAAACUGAUUCUGUGUAUCAACCAGCUAAUUAUUAGAAUCAGGUGCGCUAAAUUAGAGUUAGAGCAAAAAUGACGGUAGCCCUCCAGGAACAGGGUUGGCUGAGAGAUAAAAACGUAUUUGAAAAUCAUAACAAUUAUUUGACUUUAAGUAUAUGAAAAAUAAUCUUGGUUGGCACAUCAAAUCCCUUAGAUGUGCAAUCCUAAGAAAACAUAGGAGGUACAUGUAGGAGGUACAUGUAUAGCCAACAAGUCAUCUGGUUGUAUAGAAUGUUGUUAUUAGUGCAACAUGCAGAUGGGGGGUAUGUUGUAGCUUUAGUAUUAAAUUGAGGUUGAUUGUUUUGUAGCAAACUUGUACACAGUGCCUUCCAGACAAAUUAUCGGAAAAGAGGGUGGAUCAAAAAGUAAUUUAUCGUUCAUAAUGCAACCACAAGAUGUUUUGUUUUAGUGCCGUUGGUUUAAUGCCCAAUAUGAAAGGCUCAGAGUAUAAACAAACCAUGUAUGACUUAUAUGCCUUAGCUAAGUACAAUUUAAGAGAUUACGUAAAUCAGCACUUUAUUAUCGUAGGUUUUAAAUUACCCAAGAGAAAAAUGUAUGUUGUUUCUCUAAAUGUUUGUAGAUAUAGCACAUGUAUUUUCAUACAUCAGUUCCAGGACAAGACAACAUAAUGUGUGUAUACUACAAACGUACGUAAAUACAGACUUAGUGAACCUUGUUCCCCUAGAAUAGAAUUUACACUUAUGGCAAUUGAAGUAAAUGUUCAUACAGCUUCCAUGUAACUUAACUAUGAGACAUUCAUUCUGUUUAAAAGGCUCACGUUAACAUAUUUCGAUGCAUAGUAUUUUUGUAUGUAGUUUGCUGUGUAUUCUAAAUAAAUGUCUCUAAAGCAAAUGUUAUUCAACAGUUUCUUACUGAAUGCAAUGAGGUUUGGAUGCAUUUCACAGUUCAUCAUCAGAUGGUAAUACAGUUGAAGUCGGUUUACAUACACCUUAGCCAAAUACAUUUAAACUCAGUUUUUCACAAUUCCUGACAU